AGUAAGGGGUAUAAAAAGUGUAUUCACUAGUAUAAGUAAUUUGUUUGCUAGAAGUAGUAUUUUAUAAAUUAACUACCGUUUACCCCUUUAAAUCAGGGUAUAUGACAAACUUUAUUGAAAAAACAAAGGUUUUAGUUUUUAAACUAAUGUAUUAAUGUAUAGAUAGUUGAAUGUGAUAUUUUAAAAACCCGAUCGGUGCGUCUUUAAAUUAUACUGGAAAUUAUAAACUUUAUAGGGAAGCUGGGUUAUAGUCCCUAAAUUAUGAGUCAUUUAUAAAAGCUAUUGUUUAAAGUAACACGUAUUGUCGCAUAUAUUUCAUACCAUUAUACUUUUUGUGGGUACAAGGUGCAAAUACGCUUUCUUUGCUAAUCUAAUCCGCUAACUCAAUUUUUAGAUUAAUAAUUCCAUUAUCUAAUGUAUUCUUAUGCAGUUACAUAACAUUUGGACUUGCUAAGAUUAUAUAAACAUACCCCUGUAUUUGUUUAUAUAUAUAUUCUUAUCAUGUUUAAAAUUAUCUUUUGUUUAAGUUGGAAUUCAGUACAGGUACACAACUUUCGAAAAUCAUAAGAAUUUUCUUACGAUAUACGCAACGGUAAUAUUGAGGGGUUCUUAUCAAAUCUUUUCGGCACCUAUAAAUACAAAAGUAUUCCCAUCAAGAAAUACUAUUUAAAAGCCUUAAUAACAGUUUAGCUACAAAGCGCGGCGAAAACGGACUUUAAAUUUUCGACGGCUUAUAGACCAUUUAGGAAUCUUUCAUUGCAAAUAUAAGAAAAGUGUUAUUCGAUCAGAAAUACAUACAUAAAUUUAAUAACUGAUAAGUCGAUAUUGCCAGAUUAAUUUUUUAAUCCUACAAUCAUUUAUGACAGCUAUAUAAAAUAGCAGUAUUCUUCUUGGUUAUUUUGACUUGAUCGUAACAAAAGGUGCAGUAAUAUUUAAAACAACAAUGAGUGUUCUAUCCAAAUAUGGUGACUUCAUUGCUGAAAAAUGUGAGCAUAAUGGGCUUACGAAACACGCUUUUAGUUAUGCUCUUGUGAGUAGUGCGAUACUAGCACUUACCAUAAAGGUGACUCUCCCAUACGUAAAGACCGCAAAUAAUACAUAUAAACCAAAUACGGAAAAAGAAACAACGAAAAUCAAGAAUGGUGUCCUGAUAUCAUCUGAAUCAGACUGCUUAGAAGAGGACUUAAAGCUUGCAGAGGCCGAAAAGUUGUUGGUUGCUCAGCAGCUGAAAAAAAAAACAAACAAUUUUAUUGAACCUGGGCUAAACAAGGAUUUUUUAAAACAGCUAAAGAUGCUGGCAAAAAUAAUGGUACCCCAGACCCUGUGUUACGAAACGGGAUUACUGAGCAUACAUACUUUUUGCCUAAUUUCUCGCACUUUUCUUAGUAUUUAUGUUGCUGCACUGGAGGGGGCCCUUGUUAAAUUUAUAGUUCGGAAGGACAUUAAACAAUUUGCUUUUGUGUUGCUAAAAUGGUUUGGAAUUGCUAUCCCAGCUACAUUUAUUAAUUCAAUGAUUCGAUUUCUUGAAAGUAAACUUGCUCUCGCUUUUCGAACCCGAUUGGUGCGUCAUUCAUACCGGCUUUAUUUUAAAAAUCAGAAUUACUAUAGAGUAUCGAAUUUAGACGGUCGUAUUGAAAAUGCGGAUCAUAGACUUACCGAAGAUAUUUCCGUGUUCGCUAGUUCUGUAGCGCACUUGUAUAGUAGCCUGACUAAACCAUGCUUCGACUUGAUGCUAAUUGGCUUGGCAUUAAUGAGAUCAUCCAGAAAAAUGAAAGCUAACAUUAUAACAGGACCGGCUUUAUCAGUCGGUGUCAUUGCCCUAACAGCCCACAUUUUACGAAUCGUUUCGCCAAAGUUUGGACAGUUGGUUUCGGAAGAGGCUAAUAGAUAUGGGUACCUCAGACAUAUCCACUCCCGCAUAAUAACAAAUGCAGAAGAAAUCGCAUUUUACGGAGGACAUAAGGUGGAAAUGCUGCAGCUCCGUCAGGCUUACAAUCGACUUAUAAACCAAAUGACCACAGUUUUCAAUCAAAAACUUUGGUUUAUAAUGCUGGAACAAUUUUUUAUGAAAUAUGUUUGGUCCGGUACGGGAAUGAUUAUGGUAUCACUUCCUAUUCUGACAGGCAGUGACGUAGGAUCUGGACAAUUUCGAAAUACGGCCUUUACGGAAUCGCGAGUUAGCGAACGCACUCAAUAUUUAACUACGGCUAGGAACCUACUUAUUUCAGCAGCAGAUGCGAUUGAGCGAUUAAUGUCAUCCUACAAGGAAAUCGUUUCUUUGGCGGGUUACACUUAUCGGGUGGCUGGCAUGAUGGAUGUUUUUGAAGAAACCGCUCAGGGAGUAUAUUGCAAGUCGAGCAUAAUAGAAAGUGGACAGCCGAAUGGUAUUAUUGAAUUCCGCAAUGGAAAACCGGUUGCAAAAGGCCGCAUUAUUUAUUCAGAUGAUCCGGAAAAUAUGGCAAUAAACUUGCGUGCAGUGCCAGUGGUGACACCUAACUGUGAUAUAGUAGUACCAAAACUAACUUUAUGCAUCGAACCUGGUAUGCAUUUGUUAAUAACUGGUCCUAAUGGAUGCGGAAAAUCUAGCUUGUUCAGAAUACUAAGUGGAUUGUGGCCCAUAUACGCUGGAGAAUUGCAAAUACCACGUCCAGUAAAUGAUAUCCCUUGCAUGUUUUACAUUCCGCAACGUCCAUAUAUGUCAAUUGGGAGCCUAUGUGACCAAAUAAUAUACCCCGACACGCAGGAUGAUAUGAAACGAAAAAAAAUAACUGAACAUGAGCUAAGAUGCAUUUUAAAAUUGGUGAGCCUUGAACACAUCGCUCAACGUGAUAGUUUUGACGUUGUUCGUGAUUGGAAGGAUAUAUUAUCUGGAGGUGAAAAACAACGGAUGGCGAUAGCUCGUCUGUUCUAUCACAAGCCACGUUAUGCCCUCCUUGAUGAAUGUACGAGCGCAGUAUCUAUAGAUGUUGAAAGUUCGAUUUAUGAAAUUGCUAAAGGUAUGGGAAUUACUCUGUUGACAAUAACUCACAGGCCGACUUUGUGGAAAUAUCACACACAUAUUUUGGAGUUCGAUGGUCUUGGAAGUUGGCAGUUUAGAAAAAUGAAUGCAGAUGAACAACAAAAAGAACAAUUUAAUUUGUAAUAUACUAUAUAAGUUAAGCUAAAGCUUAGCAAAACAGUUUUAAGACAUGUCUUUUUGGUAGGAUAGUUUUGUCCGACAGUUAUAAUUAAAAAUUUCAAAGUUCUCAGGAAAUUAAAUAAAGCUACUGUAUUUUGACCAAAUAUUUGUGUGCCUUACGCCAAUUAUAAACGAAUAACAGCA